AUGCCGUCGCCUACUAACCCGGCAAAAGUGGAAACCCCUUUCACGACUGCCGCCCUUGGAAACGGCGUCGACUUUUGGAAGGCAUACGUUGAAAACAGGCCUCAUCCAUCAGACAGUUUCUUUGAACUCAUUUCCGAGUAUCAUCACAGCCAUGGCGACAGUGCUGCCCAGAGCGCAAUUGCACACGACGUCGGCACCGGUCCCGGCAAUAUCGCAGAAAAGCUUCUCCGCCACUUUGAUCAUGUAGUCGGCUCGGAUGUGAAUGAGCAGGCGUUGGCGGCAGCGCCGGCUCUGCUACCCGCUGACUCCAUCAAACGGAUGACGUUUGUCAAGUCGUCGGCCGAAGACCUGGCGAGUGCAAACAUUCCCGAAAGCGUCGGCAAAGGGCAGACGGAUCUCAUCCUCGUGAGCGAAUGUAUCCCUCUGCUCGACAUAUCCAAGGCGUUUGCGGCUUUCCGCGCGCUCCUUCGCCCAGGCGGUACGCUGGCAAUUUACUUCUACAGCCGGCCAAUAUUCACGGGGGACAACGAGGCCGAGUUGAACCAGCUGUACGACCGUAUAGCUACGCGUGUUUGCCAGUUCUUGUUGCCGUUCAAAGGAACCCCGGGCUUCCCGAUCCAUUACCGGGCUGCCGAAGCCAUGAGCAGCGGCCUCGAUAGCAUCCCCUUUGAUCCAGAGGCGUGGCAAGACGUGGUACGGUACAAGUGGAAUGCAGAUGUUCCCCUCACAUUCAAUUCCAAGGAGGGCUACGAUUUUGAGGUUGAGCCCGUCGACCGCCGAGAUCAUAGUACUGAGAUUACAAAGGAGAUCACGGACCGUGACUUUUGGGCUGAGGAAUGGGACAUUGGACGCGUUGCAUCUUUUCUUGAUUCGGUUUUCCCCAAUUAUCGCAACAAGGCAGGCGAUAAGUUUGAAGAGGUUCAGAGUCUCUUCACAGAACUAGAGACGGCCCUUGGCGGCCCCAAGGCUACUAGGAAAGUCUCAUUCCCCGUGGUGUUAUUACUAGCGACGAGAAAGUAG